CAGCACCUUUUUUGUGUGACGAGCAGCCCACUUCACGUUGAUUUGCUUCUUCUUUCCCUCUUUUGGUUUUUUACUACAACCGCAACAUGGUCCAGCGCUUGACUUUGAGGAGACGCCUGUCGUACAACACCAGAUCCAACAGGAGGCGCAUAGUGCGCACUCCCGGCGGCCGUCUGGUCUACCAGUACGUGAAGAAGAACAAGACCGUGCCUCGCUGCGGUCAAUGCAAGGAGAAGCUUAAGGGUAUCACCCCAUCCCGACCAAGCGAGCGUCCACGCCUCUCCAAGCGCCACAAGACCGUGUCCCGUACAUACGGUGGCGUCUUGUGCCAUGGCUGCCUACGUGAGCGUAUUGUGCGCGCCUUCCUCAUUGAGGAGCAGAAGAUUGUCAAGGCACUGAAGAGCCAGCGCGAGGCGCUCGUCAAGCCCGUCAAGAAGGUCGAGAAGAAGACCACCAAGGCGGCACCUACCAAGAAGACCGCUGGUAAAACCGGUGGCAAAUCCGCUGUCAAAACUGCAUCCAAGAAACCCGCACCCAAGGGUGGCAUUAAGUCCAAGAAGUAAAUAUGCUUAGGAUUUUCAUUGAGUUAAGAAUUGGACGAGGAAGCAUUUUGUAAUAAAGAAAAUACAAGUUGGAAAAAUUUUAAA